AUGGCAGUGAAAGGUGGUGGUUGUGGUGAAAGGCGGUGGCGGAAAGUGGUAGCGGUGGUGAAAGACGAUAGCGGUGAUGAUUGCGCGGGAGGGGAGGAUAUUGAUGAUAAUCCGAUCGACCAAGUUAGGCUGACGGUGCCAAUUACCGACGACCCAUCACUGCCGGCUCUAACAUUCCGAACAUGGGUUCUUGGUAUCAUGUCCUGCUGCGUUCUUGCCUUCCUCAACCAGUUUUUUGGGUUUCGACAGAACCCCUUAUCAGUUAGUUCAGUUUCAGCACAGAUUGUGGUUCUCCCACUAGGGGUGAUGAUGGCUAAAACACUUCCAACCAAGUCUAUAACCGUGCCAUUUACAAAAUGGAAAUGCUCCAUGAAUCCGGGGCCAUUCAACGUUAAAGAACAUGUCUUAAUCACCAUUUUUGCCAAUUGUGGAGCCAACGCUGUUUAUGCUGUAAAUAUCAUUGCCAUUGUCAUGGCUUUUUACCACAUGCAAAUCAGUCCUUUAUCAGCCUUGUUGCUAUCCCAAACCACUCAGAUGCUUGGGUAUGGCUGGGCCGGUAUCUUUAGAAAAUACCUGGUGGACUCUGCUUAUAUGUGGUGGCCUUCCAACCUGGUCCAAGUUUCUCUGUUCAGGGCAUUACAUGAAAAGGAGAAGAGGCCCAAGGGAGGAUUUACUAGGCUACAAUUCUUUCUCAUAGUUUUUGUAGGAAGUUUUUCCUAUUACCUUGUACCAGCCUACUUAUUCCCGUCCAUUGCUUCUGUCUCAGCUGUCUGUUUGAUUUGGAACAAGUCCAUCCUUGCCCAACAGCUUGGAUCAGGCCUCCAUGGCCUAGGCAUUGGGGCAUUCGGCCUUGACUGGUCCACUGUUUCUGGCUUCCUGGGAAGUCCGUUGGCCUCACCCGGCUUUGCCAUCAUCAACAUUCUUGUUGGCUUCUUCUUGUUUGCCUAUGUUAUAGUCCCACUGUGUUAUUUCAACAAUGUAUACGAUGCCAAGCGAUUUCCAAUGAUUUCCUCUAAAACUUACGACUUUGAAGGCAAAAAAUACAAUAUUACAAGAGUCUUGAACAAAAAAACCUUUGAUAUUGAUGUUGCUGGGUACGAGAAUUACAGCAAACUCUAUAUCAGUAUGUUCUUUGUUUUCUCAUAUGGGUUGAGCUUUGCAACUUUGACAGCUGCUCUCUCACAUGUUGCACUUUUCCAUGGAAAAACAAUUUAUCAGUUCUGGAAAAAAACCACAGAGAGUUUGAAGACUGAGGGUGAUGUUCACACAAGAAUAAUGAAGAAGAACUAUGCAACAGUUCCUCAAUGGUGGUUUCACACUAUCUUGGCUUUAAUGGUAGUUCUUGCCAUAUUUACUUGUGAAGGUUUUGGGAAAACGUUUCAACUCCCAUGGUGGGGAAUUCUACUAGCUUGUGCCAUGGCUUUCAUUUUCACAUUACCAAUUGGGAUAAUAACAGCCACAACAAACCAGCAACCGGGACUAAACGUGAUCACGGAAUUGGUUAUCGGGUAUAUAUAUCCGGGGAAGCCACUAGCAAAUGUAGCUUUCAAGACCUAUGGCUAUAUAAGCAUGACACAAGCACUUAAUUUUGUUGGGGAUUUCAAAUUAGGUCACUACAUGAAGAUCCCUCCCAGAUCUAUGUUCAUUGUUCAGUUAGUCGGAACACUAGUUUCUUCUACCAUGUACUGGUGCACGGCAUGGUGGCUUCUCACCACCGUGGAGAACAUUUGUGAUGCUUCAAAGCUGCCAGAAGGAAGUCCAUGGACAUGUCCCGGUGACGAGGUGUUCUACCAUGCUUCAAUCAUAUGGGGAGUGAUUGGUCCAGGCCGGAUGUUCACCAAGUAUGGUGUCUACCCGGAGUUGAACUAUUUCUUCCUAGUUGGCUUGCUUGCUCCUUUCCCAGUAUGGUUCCUUUCCAAGAAAUUCCCCAAAAAGAAAUGGAUAAAGCAAAUCAACAUGCCCAUUCUUCUUGGUGGAGUGAUGCAAAUUCCACCUGCUAGAUCUGUCAACUAUUUGAUGUGGGGAGCUAUUGGUAUCUAUUUCAACUUCUACGUUUACAAGAAGCACAGGUCAUGGUGGGCUAGGCACAAUUAUAUCCUAUCGGCUGGUUUGGAUGCCGGUGUUGCAUUCUUGGCCAUACUCCUAUACUUCACUCUGCAAUCCAAGGAGAUUCUUGGUCCCCAUUGGUGGGGUUUAAGUACGGAGGAUCAUUGUCCACUGGCUACUUGCCCCACAGCUCCUGGAAUAGUGGCUAAAGGAUGUCCUGUUCACUAAAUAAUUUGUUCAUGGAAUAUAUUAAUGAUAAAGGCGGCGGCAAGUGUUUAUCAAAUUUCAAUCUGUGGUUGAUUGAUGAAGGCUAUGCUUGCUGAUCAGGAUUGAUGGUGUAGGAAUUCAUAUGGAGAGGAUGGAUAAGCAUGCUUUAAAGUUCAUUUAGUUUG